UGUGUUAGUAAGUAAGUGUGUGAGAGAGAGAGAGAGAUCCAGCAUGUUGAGUCUGCGCUCCUUGUACUCACUCCCCCGGAGCUCCCGGUGUUAGAGCAGCCCUGUGCCCGGGCUCAGAGCGCCUCUGCCCGGCUUGGAAUGAGACCCCGGGCCGCCGCCGCCGCUCGCAGCCCCGCGUGAGCAGCAGCAGUCGGAUGCCGGAGCAGCUGGUAGCUGGUAGAGCUAACUCACCUCAACCUGCGGAAACCAGCGGCGACCCUCAUCCUGGCCCCUUUGCACUAGCUGAACUCCAGCCACUAAAGAGGAUGAUUGAAGAAGGAGGAAGGAGAGGAAAGACGAUGGCGGAGAAGAGGCAGAUUUUUAUGGAGAUGAGAACGCAGAAUUUUGACACCAUCCGACUCUCCACGUAUCGCACGGCCUGCAAGCUUCGCUUUGUCCAGAAGAAAUGCAAAUUACACUUGGUGGACGUGUGGAAUAUGAUCGAGGCUUUUCGGGAUAAUGGACUGAACACACUGGACCACAACACGGAACUGAGUGUGUCCAGACUGGAGACCAUCGUCUCCUCCAUUUACUUCCAGCUCAACAAACGCCUGCCCACCACCCACCAGAUCAACGUCCAGCAGAGCAUCAGCUUACUACUCAACUUCCUGUUGGCUGCACACGAGAGUGAAGGUCAGGGGAGGCUGACUGUGUUCUCAGUGAAGAUGAUGCUGGCUAUCAUGUGUUCAGGGAAGAUCGUAGACAAACUGCGCUAUAUAUUCUCUCAGAUUUCAGACUCCAAUGGGGCAAUGACUGUGUCCAGAUUUGAUCACUUUCUGAGGGAGUGCCUCAAACUGCCAUCCGCCGUGUUCGAGGGUCCCUCCUUCGGUUACACGGAACACUCCGCCCAAUCAUGCUUCCCACAGCAGAAGAAAGUGAUGUUGAAUAUGUUCCUGGACACGAUCAUGGACGACUCUCCUCCUCAGUGUCUCGUCUGGCUGCCCCUCAUGCAUCGCAUCGCAAACGUAGAGAAUGUCGUCCAUCCUGUGAGUUGUUCGUACUGUCGCAGUGAAAGCAUGGUUGGGUUUCGGUAUCGAUGCCAGCAGUGCUUCAGCUAUCAGCUCUGCCAGAACUGCUUCUGGCGCGGCCAUGCCAGCGGUAACCACAGCAACCAGCACCAGAUGAAGGAGCACUCGUCCUGGAAAUCUCCUGCUAAGAAGUUCGGCCGUGCUAUUAGUAAGUCAUUGGGUUGCGUUCCGAGCCGGGAACCCCCCCACCCUAUGUAUCCUGAAAACCCAGAAAGACCCCUCGACCUGUCCAACAUCGUUCCGCCCCGUCCUGCUCCAAAAAGCAUGAACGACUCAGCCCCUCCCCCUGCUGCAGGACACACCCCUAUGAAGAGAGUACAGGGUAUAGCUGCUGCUCAGCGUAUGAAUGAGGAACACGCAUUGAUUGCAGCAUAUGUGAACAAACUACAAACCAGCCCACGUGCUCUGGACAGUCCCAGUCGAACGGAUGAGGAACACAGACUUAUUGCACGAUAUACAUCUCGGUUAGCGACAGAACCCAGCAAUGCACCUAGAUCUCAGCAGCUCAACUUUGAUGUUAACAAGCAGCAACGGCAGCUAAUAGCAGAACUGGAACACAAAAACAGGGAGAUUUUACAGGAGAUCCAGCGUUUGCGUUUAGAACAUGAGCAGGCCUGUCAGCCCACCCCAGAGAAGGCCCAGCAGAACCCCACCCUGCUGGCUGAACUUCGGCUGCUCAGGCAGAGGAAGGAUGAGUUGGAGCAGAGGAUGUCAGCUCUGCAGGAGAGCCGGAGGGAGCUCAUGGUGCAGCUAGAGGGACUGAUGAAACUACUGAAGGAAGAGGAGCAGAGGCAGGCUGCCCAAGCAGCAGGAUCUCCUCAGACCUCACCAGGCCAUAGGUCCUCUCGUCCAAUCCCCAUGCCCGUCCGCUCUACAGGCACCACCCCCACGCACACUGGCUACCCACCCAUCCACAUGCCCCAGGACUCUCUGGCUGGAGUGGGUGGAGAUGUGCAGGAGGCUUUUGCUCAGGGAGCACGUAGAAACCUGCGUAAUGAUCUUCUAGUGGCAGCUGACUCCAUCACCAACACCAUGUCCUCCUUAGUCAAAGAGUUACACACUGUUGAGGAUGGAGGGGAUGAAGAUGAGGAGAGAUUACAGAAUGGGAAGGACAGAGGUUAAGCCAAAUGUGAAUCCAGCUAUGUCAAGUGCAGUGAUUGGAUGUCGGAGAGAGAUCCACCCAAAGAAUGCAGGCACAUCAUUCAACCACUGCUGUCAUCAUGACAACGUCAUGACAACCACGCCUGCAGUCUGACAGCCCGGCCUUCUUUUGACUCGCUGUUGAAAGAAGAGUUUGAGGAUUUACGCUGGAAUGUUACUGAAUCCACUGUUCAGCUCUGUGGAUGGAGGAUGUUGUUCUGUUGUUUUUUUGCUGUUUUUAAUCAUAUUCUUUGUUGUUUUGUUGUAUUAGGAAUGAUUUUAGUGUGAUUUUCUGCAUUAAUUUGGGAGUAUUUUGUUUAGCGAUUGAUGAUUUGUGCGCCAAAUGAUGAUAUCAGAGAACUACUGAUUAGGUCUACAGAUGAAGAUGAGAUGAUCCGGCCUUUUAGGUUGUGAAUGAAGAUAUGAAGAAGUGUUUGUAUCUGAAUGUCAUGUUCAGUGAUAGCUCAGAGACACGCCCACCUGGGGUCUAGAGACCGUUAUGUGGUUCAGUGAACGGAGAAGGGGAAUGAAGGAAGGAUGAGGUUGGAGAAAUUGAACUGAGAUUGAACUGAGAGGAUUGAAAGAGGAUGGUUAUAUGUGGUUGAAUAAUGUUUGUUGAUGAGUGAUGUAGGUAUGUAGGUGGUGGUUAUGUGGAGGUGGUCACGAUGAAUGGUGGACUGAAGGAAGGCUGUGUCUCGGCUGCAUCACUGGGUUUCUUAAGGAAAGGAUCAGAACCAAAAAAGGGUGGAAUUCUGAGUUGUUAAUUUAUUUUAUUUUUUUCCUUGGGAUGAGUUUGUGAUUUUAUUUAUUUUUUCAUAGGACAGUUUUUAAGCUUGUAGGUAUGGAAGCCUGUUUUCGUCAGGUGUAGAGGGUUUGGUUUGCUUCUCUGUAUCUGGCAGCAGUAUAUCCACAAUUCUAACAAAUUUUUAUAUUCAUAAAUUUGACUGACCUGGCAUAUUAAGUUUAGAAAUUGGAGAAUCAAGUUCAGACAUUUUCGAGAGCUGCCCUUUCACACAUGCAUUCUCUCUACUGGAAAUUCUCCACAUGGUUUGGGAGAAGGUGCUGUGCCUGUCUUGCACGUACAGGAGAGGAUGCAUGAUGCACUGUGAAUUUGCUAGAAAAUGACUCUGUUCUGUUCAUACAUGGAUUGUAAUGCACAUCUUAUCCAGAUAUUUGCAUUCACACAUACACCUGCUCCAGGAAAGUGAUAGGAUACUGUUACUGUGUGUGUAUAAAAUCCUUGUUUAUUUUUUAAAAUAAGAAAUUAGUUUAGCAAUAGUCACUAUUUCACUACUCUAAAACAAUAUUGUAUAAAGUAAUUUUUUUUUUUUUUUAAAUGACCAUAAUUUAUUUCUAAUUUUUACUCCACUUUCUCUUUAAUGUACACGGCCAAUAACCCAGCCCACUCAUUCAUUAGGACUCCCCCCUAUCACUAGUGAUGCUCCAACACCAGCACAUGCCUCUGAUACAUUUCAAGUCAGACUCCGCCUCUUUUCUAACUGCUGCUGAUGCAGUAUUGCCGAGUAGCAUCACAGCGUGUUCCGAUACAUCAGCUCACAGAUGCCUUAUGGUGAUCAACAUCACCCUUUGGAGUGAUGAGAAGAGACAGCACUGUCUACCCACCCAGAGAGAGCAAGAUUUAUUGUGCUCUCUCAGGGCUCUGGCAGCUGAUGACAGGCUGCAUGAACAGGAAUCGAACCAUGGAUCUCCUGAUCAUAGAGGUAGCGAUAAGCUCGGUCCAGCCCCAUGAAGCCCCAUUAAGAAAUUAUUUUAACCAAUUAUUUUUUAUUUAACUUUCCUCACAAUUUGUCAGUUUUUUUUAUUAUAACUUAAAUUCAAAACUGUAAAUAUAUAAGCAAACAAGUCAGUGUAUUGAGGAAAUGUCAUAACCAGGUAAGUAAUUACUUAACUAGGAGUUUUGACUUACUGCUGGCAGAAACAGAGAAUCACCGGCAAGUCCCCGUGUCUGGAACAGGCUUCUAUAUGUAGGUGUAUAUUUGAGAAGAAGUAUUUUACGGUUGUGAGUUUUAAUGGGCAUUGUCCAGUCAAAUAUUAAGCUUUGAGCUUGUUUUGCAAACUAAUUGUAUGGGGACAUUUUUACAGUCAGACCAAAUAAAAACAAAACUCCUUCCUGAAAACGUAUGUUGAAGGUGGGAGGAGCUUUUUGAAAACUGCAAUGGCUUCUUCUACUAGAAAACCCAACUUAAAGCAACUCUUGUAGUUCAUAGAUUCCUCCUACCUUCAACAUACACCAGAAUGGGGUUUUGCUGGUCUGAACGGAGUGUCUCUUUAAGUUUAGUUUGUGACUAUGACUAUGUAGUUUGAGAGAUGCUUCGUUGGCUUUUUAGUCAGGAAUUAGUUUAGAGCUGGCUGUGUGUUUUGUUUUGUUUUUGUGUUUAUUUUGUGUGUGUAUAUAUUACAGGAAUGGACUGUUUUUAGUUUUAUAGAAGUUGAUUUUAGGUACAAAUAUAAAGAAAGAUGGAGACUAAUUAUAUAUACUGUGCUUGGGUCCUGAAGAGUAUUGUACCCAUGAGGUCUCAUUUUGUAGUUUUUAUUCAGGCACUGUUUGUAGUCCUGUCGAAUGCACACUCCCACAAAAACACACACACACAUCUGACCUGCUGUGUUUUUUUUUUCCUUUCUUUUUUUUUUCGUGAUGUGUAUGUGUGUGUGUGUGUGUGUGUGCUUGAUAUCUCAAUGCUGGAUUGCCUCAGUAAUGAUGCUACCUUCCCCUCUCUAGAGAGUCUGAGAAUUGUGGGAAUUGUAUUUUUACCAUUAAACCGUUUCCUGUUUCUCUGAGUCUGCUGUAGGAACAGAAAUCUUUAUCUAAUUGUGCCAAAAUGACUUGAUGAAUUGCGGUUUUCCUGUGUUUGUAGUCUCCUAGUCUCAGUUUAUAGGCUUUAAAAACCAGCUGUGCUUUUUUUUCAACAUCGUUGUGUUGCCUACUCAUGAUUCUGGACGUUUCUGUGAGCUCGACUCCUCUAAUGGUUCACAGAAGCUGGUUCAAGUUCCACUCCAUACAGAUCCUGCCAGCCAAGACAUUUAGCUUAAAGGGGAAUUCCAUCCAUAUUUUAAAAUUGUCUUCAUAAUAAUAGUGUAGAAGUCAUUUAGAGUGGGGGUUCUUGUGAAAUGGUGAACAUACCAGCUCAGAUUACUUUACAGUGGUGGUGACCAAUCCAGAUCAAACAUGCCUGUUACUCUGUAAUACAUGGGCACUGUGGUUGUAUUCCCUUCUGAACAAGAUUCAAACCAGCGAUCUCCUGAUCAUAGUGGCAGAGCUUAGCCUGCAGAACCACUCUGAGCCCUAUGAAGUUAUAAUUUUGACAAAUUAUUUUUUAAAUGACUUUCUUACAAUUUGUCAGUUUUUUAUUAUCAUUUAAAAAUCAAUAUACCAUUUUAAAAUUCCAACUUCAAACCUGUAAAUAUAUAAGCAAACAAGUCAGUAUUUUGAGGAAAUGCUAGCUGCGUUAACUUGCUGACUAAAAGCAUUUUCACACUGCGUAAAAAACACAUCAAGUUUUAAAAACAGACGCACAUACAGGGGUUGGACAGUGAAACUGAAACACCUGGUUUUAGACCACAAUAAUUUAUUUUCCUGACUGACAGUUCAGGAGAGUUGAGGUGCACAUUGAAUUCUGCCGUGAUUUGGGCAGCCGUGGUUUUAUGUUUUUUGGAUACAAUCCGGGUUAGCACCCGAACAUCCCUUUCAGACAGCUUCCUCUUACAGCAUCCACAGUUAAUCCUGUUGGAUGUGGUUGGUCCUCCUUGGUGGUAUGCUGACAUUGCCCUGGAUACCGUGGCUCUUGAUACAUCACAAAGACUUGCUGUCUUGGUCACAGAUGCACCAACAAGACGUGCACCAAUAAUUUGUCCUCUUUUGAACUCUGGUAUGUCACCCAUACCCUUUACCCAUACCCUUUUGGUGCAAUGUGCAAUUAAUGAAGAUUGGCCACCAGGCUGAUCCAAUUUAGCCAUGAAACCUCCCACACUAAAUGACAGGUGUUUCAGUUUCAUUGUCCAACCCCUGUAUGUUAAUAAUGACUGAGAUCUGAUGGACUGUGAUGCUGCAUAGAUUCUUUUUAACUGGAGUCUGUAAGAUUUUCUGAACUGUCGUAUGCGUUAAAACCAUCUGACCAAUCAGAGCUGAGUAGCUGCGGAUCAAACAAAUGAGCCUGAAGCCGCAGCGGCAGAGAAAUAAGCUUACACUCUGAUGAGCACGCUGAUUAUAUUAGUUAAAAUAAACAUAAAUUCAUUUUUUCAACAGAGCUGCAACGGUGAGGAAUGUCUGUCUAGGUGCAUCCUGGUCUGUUGAUGAGAGCUUGCUCUUAUGGUCUCAAGAGUCAGUGUGAAAGUUCCACUGCAUCAAAAAUCAUACUGUUUAUGUAGUAAUGUAAUAAAACUAUGAUUAGGAUUUCUGUGUGGCAAAUGUGCCUUAUAUAAGUACAGGGAAAAAUAGAAAUGGAAAGAUACUAGAGGUGGCUUUUCUUUUGAGAGACUUCCAUGUCUGUCCAUGGUUUUCUACAGGAAUACAUUUUUUGAUGGAGCUUUUUAAGGCAUUAUACCCCACUGUGAACAACUUUGUACAUUUCUAUAGAACAGAGCGUUUCAGAUCUAACCUACUUUGAAUGACUGUGUUUACAUCUGUUAACUAUUUAAUGUAGAUAAUUUAGCUUAGAUAGUUCCCCUUUAAUAAUACAGCAAAUACCGGUUAAUCUGAAAGACUGAUUUAUCUUUAUCUUUGUUUUAUCUUUCUAACUUUCCUGAGUAGAUUUUGUUUGGAAUGAUCAUGUUUUGGGUAACCCCAUUGUAGUUCCCACAGAACUGAGAGCUCUAGCAUCAUGUCUGCGGUGAAUUUAACUGUCUUUUCAUUCUGACAAUAAAUGGGGAGGUCUACCACUUUCCAGUACCACUAAUUCUUCUAAGAAAAUGCCAUUAUCUUAACCAGGUUUGUCAUUUCAAUACAAAAAAGACAUUUGUAUUGUCUUGAUCAUUUUUAUAAACAGAGUUUUUCAAAAUUUGCACAAAAUGUUGGCGCCCUGUCUACAGUGGAAAUUUUUUCUCCUUUCAGUCCCAAGAGGACUUGUUUUCUAAACUCUCUGCCGCAAACCUCAAAAACUGCCACUUUUCAGAAAUGGACUUAAACAGUUGUAUUUUUUAUGUUACCACAUAUUUCAUUUGCACAGAUGUGUGAAAUGCCAAGCAACUCGUAGGCCAGCGGGGACUUUAAACAAAAGAAAGCAGGGGAAACAGAGACUGUUUUGUUGACAUUUGCUUUGUGAUUCUGAAACGUGGCACCAUGUUUUCUGCAUACUCUACUCAGCACUGAGUGUGUGACACGCUGUGCAUGUGUGUGUGUGUGUGUUUACCAGCAGAAGGAGGUGUGUGUCAGGGGUUGGGGGAGUUGAAGGUGCAUGGUGCCGGUAACCAUCAGCUUUCUUCUCCACUUCCCUUCAGUGUCGGACAAAAUCGCCUUUGACUGUUUUUAGAGAACAAACUAACUGCAAAAAUCAACUGCAAAAAUGAACAAAUGUAAAGAGACAUGUUUCUGAUGUCCAGAUGAUUUUAAAUGCUGAUCUGUUGUAUCCAGAAUAAAUGAUAUUUUUUAAAAGGAAA